AUUGUGCGUUUAAAACUCAAUCACCGUAUCGAAGAUCUAAAGUCGAGGAUAACGAGUAUGGAGGAACUUGUAAAGAAGAGAUCUGAGAAUUGGUCAAGAGUAAGGCUAGAUGAGCUGCAAGACAAAAUUGAAGCCGAUAAUGAUCGUAUGACUGAGCUGGUCAAACUGCAAAGUGGGGAAAGCAAAUCUCACCGCCAACGUUUGCAACAGAUGAAUAAACGCGAGACACGGAAGCUCCUUGUUCUGAACCAUGUAGGAAAGAGAAAGCUUGGUGACCAAGGAAGGAAGCCAUUAAUUGACAGUGAUACUGAGGAACAAAUUGCGAAAGCCAUCGAAGAUAAAGCGACGUAUCAUGGUCGAAGGCAUAACACGACUAUGUACACAAACCGUCGUGUUAAAGUUGCUGAUUUACCUGGUAUAGCAAACCAUUUUUUAGCAUUAAAAGGAAAGCCUCUGGUCAGAUCAAAGACUACCGUUUGGAACUGGUCUGAGCCUCGGCGUAAAAAUUCAAUCCAAGCAAAGUUUCAUUUAGGGAAAGGCCUUUUUUGUACCAAAAAACCUCCCAAAACUGAGGCUUCUGAAAAUGAAUCAACACAUCAUCAGAGAGCACAUGUUAACAAUGUUAAGAUGUACUUCUUUUCUCGGAAAACUGAAGAUCAUAAAAAAUGUUGUUUGUGCCGGUCAAUAGAUGAUAAGGCAUAUAUAAGGCCUGGCACGGGGGAAGGAAUGAAUCACGCUAGGAAUCAGAGAAUCUUGACACUCAGUGCAGAUGAGAGGGCUCGGAAACUUCCACUCCAUGACUGGCCAGAAAGAAAGAUGUAUAUAACACCAUCUGCCCACCGCAUUUUUUCUAAAGUUGGCGAAACCAUAGAGGACAAUGAAAAGUUAAUCACUGACGAGGUCUACCAUUUCGUAUUUACAGGGCCGAAUUUUUUUAUUGGUUCCAGUGGAUCUGUAUGGGCAAGUGAAACAGUGAACUUGAGGUACUUGUAUCCUAACAUUUUCGAAAUGUCAGAAAAAAAAUCUGACUUUUCGUCUGCAUUUCGUUCUAUAUGUGCUCAACUUCACGAUUCCGUAUUCUUAUAUAAUGACAUGUGUGAACCUGGGGAUUUCAGUCGUGCAAAACCCGAAGCUCAUGAGAAUCCCCAUACAUACUAUGAACAGGAAAGGCUUGGUAGAUUACAUACAAGAAUUGAUAAAACCUUUAUCUUGGGAAAUAACUUCGAGCAGCUCAACGAGAGCGAGAAAACAGUUUUUACAAAUAGAGUGCAAUCUUUAGUAGACAACAUCAUUUGGAAUGUUAAGAAUGCACAGCGUAUUUUAGAAAAUCCAAGCAAGCAGUCCACCGAUUUCAUAUGUGAGAUCCAAGAUCUACAACAAGGGUGUCAGAAAUUGCUUCAAAGACUGAAUGAGUUUGAGCUUCCAGGGGUCAAACCAGGGUGGUGUGAUUUAACUGACGCAGGACCAGGAGUAGGUGUGUCUAAUUUUGAAGUCAGAUUUCGAGAUGCCGAGUUAUUAAGGAUUUGGAACUCUGACUACCGCAUCAGGGUUCAUAGAGCACGAGAAGACAGUGGCCAAGGAGAAGCAGAAAGAACAAAUUCUGCAGUAGGAGAUGCAGUUAUUGAUAGUGGAUCAAUAAAAUGGGAAUAUUUUCCAAGAUUCCAUGACAAAUCAGACGAAGAAAUCGAGAAGAUGACACUGAAAGACUAUGAAAAACACGAAGAUGAAAGAAUUGAAAGAAACGCUUGGAGAGUUGCUAAUGAAAUAGCCUUACGCAUUGAUGAUGCACCCAUUCUGUCAGACUAUAAAAGCACCUGACAAUUCAAAAAGUAAUGUACCCGGCUAUAACUAUUUUGUCAAAAUUUGUGACUAUAUUAGUGAUCAUUAUGAUAUUGGAGAACUAUACAUGGAGUUUAUCAAGGAUGCCUGCAUAGUAAAGAAAGGAAGAAAGUGCGUUUCGUGUGGCAAUGGUUGGCUUGGUUCUGUGAUGGACACUAGGAUUCCGCGCCCUUUCCCAGAUAUCGAGACAUCCAGAUAUAAAAGUGUUUUUGAAUCUCCUGCAUGUUUGGAUGGAAAGCCUCGACCAGUGAACGACUAUAUGCCAAGAGCGCAAAUUAAAAAAUAUUUCGCAGAAGGAAAGUUGGCAACAGCAAAAGAGAUAGCUGAAUUUUCUGUAGCUUUUGUGGUUUCUGAGGAGCUGGUUAAGAAUUACAUAGACCAUUUAAAACACUUAUCCUAUUGCAAAAAUCUACGAACUCAGGAAACUGCUCAGAAGAAGCGCGCGAGAGCAUCUAAGAGCUAUGGAGAUUACAAUUGGGAGGAGCUUCUUCUGACUGAAGGGCUAAAUUCUCUUUACGUUGCUGAACUUGACUUAUAUUUGAAGAAUCACUCGUUACCUUGGAAAAAAAAGCUGAAAAAAGAAAAA